GACAGUGGACAUUUUUUUUUUAACUUUUCUUUUCCCCACAGCACCCAGUCCGUCGCCUGCUUGAUUUGAAAUAAACCAAGGUUUAAAAUGAACGAAGAACUCGCGACCAACUUGACUCAGCUCUACGACAACUGGACUUUUUACAACUCCUCCGUGGAGUACGUCAUACCCAGGAACAACAUCACCUAUGUGGGAUUUUACCAGCACCAGCCGUCCACAGCAGCCAUCUUCAUCGUGUCCUACCUGCUGAUCUUCCUCGUGUGCAUGGUGGGGAAUGGAGUGGUGUGCUUCAUUGUGCUGAGGAGCAAAAACAUGCGGACUGUCACCAACCUGUUCAUUCUAAACCUUGCUGUCAGCGACCUCCUGGUUGGGAUUUUCUGCAUGCCCACAACACUUCUAGACAACAUAAUUACAGGAUGGCCUUUUGGAAGCCUGGUCUGCAAAAUGAGUGGCAUGGUUCAAGGGAUCUCCGUGUCAGCGUCUGUCUUCACCCUGGUCGCUAUUGCUGUUGACAGAUUCAGGUGCAUUGUCUACCCAUUCAAGCAAAAGCUGACCAUAUCCACUGCCACCUUGAUAAUAGUCAUUAUCUGGGUUCUGGCCAUAUCCAUUAUGUGUCCCUCUGGGGUGAUGCUACAAGUGACCAAGGAGCAAAGCAUUCGUGUGUUAUUGGGCUAUGACAACAAAACCAGCCCAUUUUAUUGGUGCAGAGAGAACUGGCCGAACCAGGAGAUGAGGAAGAUUUACACCACUGUCCUGUUUGCAAAUAUCUACCUGGCCCCUCUCUCCCUCAUCGUGAUCAUGUACGCUCGGAUUGGCAUCACGCUUUUCAAAACAGCAGUUCCAACAGGAGGAAAGCCGGGCCACGACAACCGCCACACUGUGUCCAAGAAAAAGCAAAGGGUGAUUAAAAUGCUUCUAAUAGUUGCUUUGCUUUUCAUCCUUUCCUGGCUGCCUCUGUGGACCCUCAUGAUGUUGAGCGACUAUGCCAGCCUGACUGAGCAACAGUACAGAAUCAUCAACAUUUACAUUUACCCCUUUGCCCACUGGCUAGCCUUCUUCAACAGCAGCGUCAACCCCAUCAUCUACGGUUUCUUCAAUGAGAAUUUCCGAAGUGGAUUUCAAGCUGUGUUCAAGAUCAGCCUGUGCACGGCGGAUGGACAGCGGAGGAAAACCUACUCGCACAGGCUGCAGGGAAACUCUGUGCUCCCAGCCAAUAAUGCACAAACCUCUCUGGAGCCUAUUUCUCUCAACAGCCUGGAUAAAAACACUUCCAGGCGACUCAACCAUGUAACUGAACAGGACCUGGUCAUGGAGGAUCUGGAGAAGGCAUCUUGCAGUAGUGGGGGUGUGACUGCAGUGUCGAUUUGA